CCACGAAGCGGCGCCGUGCGCGACGACGACGACGACGGACGACGACGGUAAUCGUCGUCGACAACUUCGAAUGAUAUCCACGCACGCUACAUUUUUCUCGUCAUCGCUCUCCGUUCACUUCAGAAAAAAGUGUCAUCGAGUUCCAAGUUGAAAAUUAAAUUUCAACCCGGAAACAUCAACUUUCCGCCACACGAUCUCUGUCUCGCGAUUUUCUCAAUAUCUUUCGCGCCGCGGACGUGAGAGUGAUGGCGCGGGCGCCCGAUUCCAAAACGAAUGAUACGAAUACUUUUUAUGAACGUGCUUCAUUUAUCGAGAACGUGGUGGAGAACGAGCACCGCAGCGUGGAUAAUGGUAGUCGCAUCUAUAAUUAACCUUGGAGGCGUCUCGCAGGGGAACAAAGUACCAUCUCUGCAAGAAUUUAGAUCCAUCAGUGGAUUCUCGAUGAAAAACGGACUAUUGGUAAAUUAACAAUGCGAUGCAGAAAAAACAGAGGAUACGACUUGCACAUCAUUAAUUUUUCUUCUUGAACGUUCCCUAAUAAAUGUCACGUUUUGAAUAAUUAGCCAGAUCCAUAUGACAACACGUAGUAACUUUGGGAAGCGAUCUUUAGGACAUCUAUCGAAAGAGGAUUAUUAACAAGCGGAAUUAAUGCAUUCUGCGGAAUAAUGAACUUGAACCUGAAUGAUAGUUGUGGUUUACAAACAGAGAGAUAAUUGUGGCUCGUCUAUGGAAUUGCAAGCAGUGAACUGUGCAAUCGUUUGAAAAGAUAAUUUUCUUGCGAUUUCUCAAUAAGUGUAAGUGGGAAAUCGCUUCAUCGUUACUCGGCAUGAAUUUUGCGACAUGAGAUAUAUAUGUUACAGAAUGGGAAUCGGAAUUAACCGUGUGACUCAUUUCGGAGAAGUGAUAUUCUGAGCGACACCUCGGUCACGUUUUACGAGCCGAGUAAUUCCUCGUGGAAUCUGAAUUAACGGCUUCGCCGUUGGCCUCUCGUCGGCGACAUUACAUUGGAAAACGACGAUAAAGACCGAAUGAUUAAGAGGGAAUAAUUAAAGCAAAAGCUCGGAUGUUCGAACCCGUAAGAGAACGCAUCGCCAGGCGCGUUCUGAUAUCCACGAUUAGGAGGAGGAUCGAUCGAUCUCGGAAUUAACAGUCUGCGAGUGUCAAACGAGCCGCGACAGGAACAUCAAUACCCUAAUAAAUGUCACUCGCACGAUCGAUCGUCGCCUUUUGCCAGCCAUGACGUAAAGAGAGGAUUUAACAGCGACGAGGGUCAACGUUGUCGAGAGCGGCUGUCGGGAUCGGCUGUCCAGAUCGUAUGCAGGUCCCGAUCUCUCGUGUGGGUGCGUCGAAGUUCGUGAUCCUGACACCGCUUAGGGGGGUGGUCCUCUACAGUUAUGCACGGAUGGAGGAUGAACUGCAGUGCGUGAGGGAGAGAGGUAAUCGCUCCUAAACCGAUGAGAUGACAGUGCUGUGCGUGCUGUGGGCUACUCUGUCCACUGUGGCCUCGAUUCUCGCGUGCUCUGGUUUUUAUCUGCCUUACUGGAUUCAGGGACGACUGUUGGGGAAGGCUGACGCGUACUUCAGUUCCUUUCGGCGUUGCAAUUAUCCGCGAAUCAGGGCUCCUAACGCCACGCUUGAGAUAGUUUACGAGUGUGCGAGGUAUUCCAGUUUUUGGGACAUACCGAGUGCUUGGUGGCAGGCGAGCACAGUCACAAUGGGUAUCGGCGUUGCGAUUGCCGUGAUCGGCGCCCUCACACUUUUGGCAGCGGCAUCAUCAUUCCUUCCGCAUAUUCUCAAAACGCCAAAGCACACGAGGAUUCUUGGUUCCUUACAAUUGCUCGCUGCUACGAUGAUAUGCGGCGGCCUGGUCAUGUAUCCGAUAGGCUGGGAUAAUCGGGAGGUACGCGAAUCCUGUGGGAAGGGGGCCAACGUUUACAAUCUCGGGAAGUGCUCGGUGUCCUGGUCGAGUCAUUUGCUGGUCGGCUCGGUGGCAUUGCUGAUGCUGUGCUUCGGCCUGAGCUUCUGCGCGGCGCGACACAAGCCCGACGCGAAUCCGCACACGGAUCCUCUGCGCAUUUGACAAUCGAGUAUGUCUUUUCAUCAACAAUCGUCCAAUUACGUCUGCAUAGUGACCUAAUUACGGGCUUAUUCAGUCCUGCUUGCAUCAUCUUCCCUCGAGGAGAAUGGAUAAGAUGAAAGAGGAUUUAUGGCAAAGAUCACUUUCGAGGGCAAAUGCUCUUACGUGACACGAAGUAGUUUCCUAUAAGCGGACUAGUGUAAAGGAGAAGAGAGGAGGUGGAGGAGGAUAAUGACAUUGGUGCAGACAGGUUGAGAGAAGAGAGGAAUGCGGUAACGCGGCGAAUCAGCGACACAGCGAUAAAAACAGAUGAUGAGAUAAGCGAAGACAGAAGAAGUUGCGUUGCGCACCGGUGAAUGAAUUGGAUCAUACCGAUCAUUAAGAGAGAAGUGCACUUUUACAUUAGCUCAAUAAUAUUUGAUACAAAGGAACGCACGAUAAGAAUAAAUAUUUACGAUGUUGAGUCGCGAUGUAAAGAGAAGAGAUGUAAAUAAAAUGAGCAAGAAAAAAUCACGUUGUCUUUCAUUCAUUUUCUAAGUGCACGUCGCUCGACUAGGAACGAAUUAAUCGUUUAAAUGAGAUGCUUUACGAGGACGUAAAACGGCGAUAAUAAAAAUGCGGAUAAUGAGGAGUAAUUUCUACGUCGAAUGCGCUUAUAGUGAAAAGAGAUGUAAUAAAACCCCUCGGAAACUCUCGAUAGUAGGAUCAAAUUUAGCUCAAAAUUCUCAACUUACGCAAAAUUAAUCUGCGAGAAAAUAGCAAGUUCAAAAAGAACCAAGACAUUUAAAGU